GCUUUAUCACCUCCACCAAACAGUGUCCAAACCUCUAGUGUACUCCCCGGUUUUUUGCACCUCACUACACCAGAUCCCUACCUUCCUCCGGACCAGAGACUCAAAUCCUGUGCGGACAAGGGGAUGGAAAGUCAAACAUCUGAUUCAUUGCUUCCACGUGUUAACAUAUUAUUGACAGUUCUACGUCGUCCUACCAAUAACACACUCCCACGUGGCGCGUUCCUCCAGCGUGCUAUUCGUGAACCCGCCACCGCCAUUUUCGCUCUCUCCACUUCCUCUGUCACACUUCUCCACACUCAAUUUCAUGUUUAAAUUCUCAGUUUUCGAGAUAUUCAGCUUAUUAGUUUAUUGCAAUGGCGAUUAAAUCUCUGCUAGUUAUCUCCAUUUGUAUCUGCUUAUUUUGCUCGUAUAUGCAUCCAUCUUCGUCCACAUCGGAAGAAGACGAAGAUCUCAGUUUUCUCGAGCAGCAGGAGCAGAGCGAUGCGGUACCAUUGGGUGAUUCUGACCACUAUGGCCACCCCCACGACUACGAGAACUACGACGAUCUGGAAGAAGACGAAGAAUCGGCGGCGUACGGCGACGACGACGGAGGAUACGCUGCCGCGGAGGUGGACGAGACGCACGUGGUCGUGCUAAAGCAAUCGAACUUCAGCGAGUUCAUUGAGAAGAACACGUUCGUGAUGGUGGAGUUCUACGCGCCGUGGUGCGGCCAUUGCCAGGCUCUGGCGCCGGAGUACGCGGCCGCCGCGACGGAGCUGAAGGACGAGGCGGUGGCUCUGGCGAAGGUCGACGCUACAGAGGAGACGGAGCUCAGCCAGAAGUUCGACGUGCAGGGAUUCCCGACCAUUUUCUUCUUCGUCGAUGGCGUCCACAAACCCUACCCUGGUCAACGCUCUAAGGAUGCCAUUGUGUCGUGGUUGAAGAAAAAGACCGGUCCUGGAUUGCACAAUAUUACAACCACAGAGGAGGCAGAACGCUUCUUGGCAGACGAGGACAAGAUAGUUUUGGCCUAUCUCGAGAGUCUGGUGGGCUCGGACAGUGAGGAGUUCUCUGGUGCUUCAAAGCUCGAAGAUGAUGUUAACUUUUACCAGACAACCAGUCCAGAAGUAGCGAAACUCUUCCAGAUUGAUCCACAGACCAAACGUCCGUCUGUUGUCAUGAUCAAGAAAGAUGAGGAAAAAUUUAACCAAUUUGGUGGUCAGUUCACUAAAUCUGCAAUAGCUAAAUUUGUAUACGAGAACAAGCUUCCUCUCGUCACCACUAUGACUAGAGAAAGCGCACCUCUGGUGUUUGAGAAUCCAAUAAAGAAACAGUUGAUACUUUUUACAACUUCUAAUGACUCGGAGAAAUUUUAUCCGGUAUUCACAGAUGCAGCAAAAGUUUUCAAGGGAAAGCUCUUAUGUGUUUAUGUCCAAUUGGACAAUGAAGAUGUUGGAAAACCAGUUUCAGAGUACUUUGGAGUGGAUGGAGAAACUCCAAUUGUUCUUGCAUAUACUGGAAAUGAUGAUGCCCGGAAAUUUAUGUUAGAUGGUGAAAUAACUGUUGACAAUAUCAAGUCUUUUGGAGAGAAGUUCCUGGGAGACAAUCUCAAGCCCUUCUACAAGUCGGACCCUAUUCCAGAAAAUAAUGAUGGGGAUGUCAAGAUUGUCGUUGGCGACAACUUUGAUGAGAUUGUCUUGGAUGAGUCGAAAGAUGUUCUUCUUGAGAUGUAUGCUCCCUGGUGUGGACACUGUCAAUCCUUGGAACCUAUAUAUAACAAGCUUGGCAAGCAUUUGAAAGGCAUCGACUCACUCGUCAUAGCUAAGAUGGAUGGGACGACAAAUGAGCACCCACGAGCCAAGCCUGAUGGAUUCCCCACAAUUCUCUUCUUCCCGGCCGGAAACAAGAGCUUCGAUCCGAUUACUUUUGAAGAUGAUCGCACUGUGGUGGCCUUCUACAAGUUCUUGAAAAAACAUGCGUCCAUCCCAUUCAAGCUUCAGAAGCCAGCCUCGUCAGAGCGGCACACUUCUCCUGAUGCUGCUGCUAGCCACAAAGACAGCAGCAGCAGCGACGUGAAGGAUGAGCUUUGAGUGUGUGAAUCUGUCUCGGCUUGAACACAAAGUGCAGGGAAAAGUAAUGGUGUAUACAAACUCCUCUAAUCAGGUUAGUUUAAAGGGAAAUUUUUGUUAUACUGAGUUACAUAUACUGCAAGGACAGGACAGGAUGAAAGCCAAUUGCUUUAUAAAUUAUUUCCAUCUAAUUUAUUAUUCUGAGAAAAUGUUCUAUAUAUGUGAGGGUUAAUGUGUUUCA